CGCAGUAGGCGCAGCGCUGAAAUUCAAAUUUGAACAGAAGUUGUUUUGUGAAGAGAGAGGAGAAGCCGAGAAGAGACAACAGAAGCUGAGAGUCGCUCAGCCUACCUCACCGCGUCCUGUUUAUGUACACACAGUAGUGUACUAGACUUUUAAAAUACCCAGUUGUUGAAAUAUUGUUCGAGUAGGGAUAAAUUAUCCGGAAUGGAUCCAUUUACCGAGAAACUGUUGGAGCGGACCCGGGCUCGCAGAGAAAACCUGCAGAAGAAAAUGGCAGAGAGACCAAAUGCAGCAAACAGACAGAUGGUCAAAAGACCCAGAGAGCCACUGGCUGACACCAAUAGUGUGAUCAGUGAGCCAGUUAUUGAUAAAGUUCCACAGGCGUCAUCCAAGCCUUCUCCUUCCAAGCGCAGUCGCUCAGGGGAAAAUGUCCAGCCUUCAGUCAGCGAGGAGAACCAGGAGCCAGUGACGACACGACCUGUGUCCUCUAUCAUCCCAGAUCCUCCCACAAACAAGAAACCCCCGGUUGGCCCUGCCAGUGUACGGUCUGCCUCUUCCCUGGAGAGGACUGCCACCCGGCCUGUUGUCCAGUCUCAGCCAGUGAAAACUGUACAGCCAGAGCCAGAGAAGAUGACAGUCACCUCUUCUCCUGCUCCUCUGAAUAUCAGGGAAGUGGAAAUGGUGUCUGCCAGUCCAGCCCCACAGAGGAACAAGGAGGACUCCGUGGAAGAUUCAGCUCCAUCUGCUGCUGGCAUGAAAUCUCGUCUACAGAGGCUAGCUGAGCAGAGAAAGUGUUGGGAUGGCACCUCUGAUGCAGUUCCUGACAGCACUCCACUGUCCAUGUUGAAGAGACAAGCUGAUGUCCCACCAGCUGCUGACCCCACUGUGUCCUCAGGAACUCCACUAGGGAGGAAAGGCAGACUGGCCAACCUUGCUGCCACCAUCGGAACCUGGGAAGACGACUUAAGCCACGCUAACAUUCCUAAACAGAAUGUACAAGGGAAGCCUGCUACAGCCUCCGUUCCCAAGUUUGCCAGUAGAGAUGCCAGUGUGGCUGCCAGCACUAAACCAAGCGCUGCAGACAAUGUGGCGGCCAGCUCAGCUGCAAGCAGCAAGUUCACACCCAGCUCUGAUCAGGCGGUGUGUUCUCCUGUUAAGUCAAGACAUGUGGUUCACCCAAGCCCUCAGAAGGCUGACACCCCUGCUGCCAGACCAGCGCUUCAGUCAGUAACAAGUCCUCAGAAGAGCUCCGUCCAGAAAACAGCCCAACCACCCAGUCCCCAGAAGGCCUGCUCCUCCAGCUCAACAUCAGUGCCUCCAAGCCCCCUGAAGAAUCAGGCUAUUUCCAGGGGUCUCAACCUCACCUCCAGCCCUCAGAAGCCAGAACUCCGUGCCAAGCCCACCAUUACCGGCCCCUCUGUCCCACAAGAAAAGGCCACUGUUGGAGCUCCUGGUGUAAAGUCUUUCUUGGAGCGAUUUGGAGAGAGGUACCAGGAGCGAACAAACCAGAGCUCUCCAGCAGGGGGCAGCACCCCCCAGCCAAAGACCACCACAGUAACUCCAUCAGUUACACCAAACACCAGACUGGUACAGGAGAGGCUGAGAGCUGCCGAGGCUGCAAAAACAACCACUGCUGAUCUCACCCAGAGACAGAAGCUGGAGCGUGAGUCUGAACUGGCUCAGAUUCGUAGUCGUUUCCAAAAGGGCAACAACAUGUGGAAAAACAAAGAUGAAGCAGCAGAAACCAAGAAAAUCACAGACAUCAAGGAACAGCUGGAAAAGCCUGUGCAGAGUGAAGUUGCCCCAAGUGAGACACUGGAUGAACCCACAGCACCCUCUACUGACAGUACAGAUACACCCACCAAGUGCACUCCUCCAGCAGGUCAUAGGUCGGCGGUGUCACCUCCAGCCUCCACAUCCAGUCCUCUGAGAGUGGUCGCCCGUACAGCAGAGAAAACAACUGAUGAAACCCCAGAAGAAAAGGAGGAGGUGGUGAAGGAGAUCGAGAUGAAUGUUGACCAGUCCAUCAACUCUGCAAUCAUCAACGAGCUGUUCGAUGGAGUCCUGGAGCAGAGCGAAGAUCAGGAUGAUGAUGAGGAGGAAGAAGAGGAUGAGGAGGAAGAUGCCUUGAAUAUCUCCUCCAUGUCCCUCCUCACUCCUCUGGCAGAGACAGUUGCUUCUGUGGUGAGGAGUCCAGAGAGGAGAAUGAUGACCUCAACUCCAGCCAGCUCAUUCAUUGUGAAGGGCAACACCCCAGACAAUGUUUCCAAACCUAGCAAGUUCCAGAGAACCAACAUGAUACGGACUGCCUCCAUUGACAGUGUUGAGGCCUUAGGCGAGGACCAUAAACUGCCUUACAGCAUUGAUGCAUACAGGUCCACCAGAGUGAAGGAGACUGAGAGACCUGAUGUGAAACAGGUGAUUGUGAGAAAAGAGGAUGUUUCUCACAGGGCAGAGGAACCACAAGGCUCCAGUCUGUUUAGCAUCAAACAGAAGAUGAAGAUCCUGGCGAAUGAGAUGAACCUGCAGCAGACAGUUAUUCACCAGGCCAGUCAGGCACUCAACUGCUGCACAGACGAAGAGCACGGCAAAGGAUCCCAGGUGGAGGCUGAGGCAGAGAGACUGCUGCUGGUGGCAACGGAGAGGAGGGAGGCACUGAAGGCUGAGUUGGACCGUCUGAAAGGAGAGGGCCCAGCAGGCCAGAAAAAGGCCCCUACAGCUCCAGAACCCACCAGCAUCUCUGCUUCCAAGGGCUCCAUCACCCUGCAGGAGCUACGCCUGCCUCUCAAGGCAGAUUUUGUUUGCUCCACUGCCAACAAGCCAGAGUCGACCAAACAUUCCUUCUUCAUCAUGCUCCGGGCUGGAGCAGAGAAUACUGUGGCCACUCCAUUAGCAAGCACACACCGCGGCCUCAGUGGAGACACCCUCACCUUCCCUACCAAGUUCACAAUAACUGAUGUGUCCAGUGACUUUGCCAUUGAUAUUGAGAUCUAUUGCCUGGUGCAGAAGCGUGAGGUCUGCAUUGACAAGAAGAAGAAACCCAACAAGUCAAAGAUAAUGUGGAAGCAGGUUCAUGAGGCCCAUGAGUUGUGUAUGGCGGCUAUCACUCCAAAGAGAUUCCUCGCCAUUACAAAAAGUGGACAGACACCAGUUGUGGCCAGUCCAGGAGGCCCCAACUCUGUUCGCACCAGCAACUUUGUCCUAGUUGGAUCUCACAAGCUCACUCUCUCUUCCAUUGGGAAAAACAAAUUUCCUCUGGAGAAGAUCAAAUAUGAAGGAAGUGAGAGAGAACUACUCAGUGGCAUGUUUCAUAACAAGGUUCCAUUCUUGUGUCCUCUGGAGGGCCACAUCUACCUCAAGAUGCAGUGUGAAGUUGGCUCCAAGGUGGAGGAGAGAGGCUUCCUGACGAUGUUUGAGGAUGUUAGUGGAUUUGGCGCCUGGCACAGGAGGUGGUGUGUGUUAUCAGGAUACUGCAUCUCCUACUGGACUUACCCAGAUGACGAGAAGAGAAAGAAUCCCAUUGGUCGCAUCAACCUGGCUAACUGCACCAGUAAGAAGGUGGAACCAGCCAACAGAGAGUUUUGCGCCAGACCAAACACAUUUGAGCUCAUCACAGUCAGACCACAAAGAGAGGACGACAAAGAGACACUAGUCAGUCAGUGCAAGAAUACCAUGUGUGUCACCAAAAACUGGCUGAGCGCUGACACUAAGGAUGAGAGGAAUUUGUGGAUGAAGAAACUCAACCAGAUUGUGGUGGAUCUGCGUAUGUGGCAACCAGACGCCUGUUACAGGCCACUGUAAUCACCGCACUCUGUCACAUGGAGCCUUUCUCUCUUUUGGACUUUCAAUACCAGUGACAAAUACAAUCAUUAAGUGCAAUACAGUAUGAGAAUUGUUAAAUUGUUAACUUGUGGAUAUUUCACAGGACGAUAAAUAAUCAAACACAUAAGUUAUAGAUCUGAGGAAAGUAAAUAAAGCCAUACAUUUGAUACAUUUCAGUUCAGUAUUUUGUGCAGGACUGGGAUCCUGGCACUAUAUUUUAUACAUGAGGACACAUGGGUUGCCACCUUUUUUUAUGUUAACGCCGAUAUUUAGUGCGCUUGCCACAGAAUGCAUGGCUUUAAAUUAUUUGGUUUCAAAGCUGAAAUCAAUAUAGAAAUGGUGUUGAAAAUAUAGAUGAAUACUAAUUUGAGCACCACAGUUUUAUCACUGAAUGAAUGCGCUACAUUUUAUCAUGCAUGAUGGCACAGAACCGUACUGAUACUUCUGGUAAGUUUUUACUUUAUAUAUUAGCUUUUACUACUUGUGGCAGGACUUUGGCCUGGCUUUUUGUCAGUGCCAUGCACAGAUUUUUGAUACAGCAGUUUUGGACAUGUAUUUGCAAUGUUUGUUUGUUUGUUCAUUGUUUAAGUCAUUGUUUCAGUGUUAAACUUUUGGCUAACUGCGACAUAAUCCAUAAUACAGCCCAAAUGAUACUAGAUUUUUGAGGCUGAUAUACAUUUUUGAGAUUUAUAAAAAUUUGGUAAUUGUAUAUUGACCAAAAUAUGUACAAAGCAGGGCAUCUUGCCCUUGUCACUACUACGGAGGAAAAACUGUUAUAGCAACACUGUAAUAUAAGAUAUUGGUCAGGCUUUAUGCCAUACCAGAUGUGCCUGAUGUAAGAGGAAAAGUAGCUUCUCACAAAGGAAGCCACUUUGCUCCAGCGUCAUAUUUGCUUUUUCAGAGUAUCUCAUGGUUUUUAGAUUAUAUAUUUUACUGUGGAAGAGCCCAAGAACACCCAUUGUGUUAACUAUGGAGAGUAUGUAACAGACUUUACAGUGGGCCAGCGGGUCUUGGUAAAUGUAUUUUCAGAAUGACAGAUUUUCAGCAUGUUGAUAAUGAACACAAAUUUACAAAACUACACUUUGUUUUUUUCAUCCUUUUACAUCCAUUUUCAUCAUAAAGAAUGAGUGAGCAGGAAAUAUAAAAGUGCUUUCAUCAGAUACUUUAACACAUGAAAGUUUUCAGUUUGUCAGGUAUUAGUGGAUCAAUGAGACUUCAAUAAAUGCCUGCUUUGACCAAAAUGGACCAGGUUACUAAUGGUUCUUUAGUGCUUCCUUUUGUCAUUUUAUUGAAAUGUAACAUUAAACGGAAUCUAUAAUGGUUUUAAAGCUA